UCGGCCCUUCCUCUGAUCACCUUUCAUUCUGAGCCACGACUGUCAUCGACAACGUCCAGCCAGAGAAGUUCCAACUUAAGAAGCAUCACUGCAGAGAUAAGCAGAGAAGGCGGCCGCUCUGGUGCGAAACUCCUCUCCUCCUUACGACCCGUGAAAGUCCAUCUGGAAGUGACAGCUUCGUCCGCUUUUGUAGUAUCGUGCGUAUUACGUCUACAGUCGCGCAAUCGGCGCCACGAGCUUGUUGGACCCCAGUUUCCGUAAUUAAAUAGCGUAGAAGCAGGGCAAUCGUGAAGCAACGCGGAUAUUGCGAUCAUGGCCUCCGAAAGCGCGAUCGUUCGGAUGCGCGCAGCAGCGGAAGGAAAUAAGUCGUCCGACGAAGAGUCUCCUAUAUCGCGCGUGGACGACGCGGUCGUCGCGAAGAUUCUGCAGAAGCUUCGCGAUCCCAAGGACGUUCGUUCCGCACUCUGCGUCUGCAAGGCCUGGCGACGCGUCUCUCCUAUGGCCGUGCGCCACGUGUCCACGGUCUUCGAUCCCGUCCAAGCGCACUCCACCCUCUUCUUGGCUGACGUCAGCAAACGCGCCUUUGUCUCGCGCCGCGAUCCUUCCAUCACUGGGAACUGGGCGGCGAUCACAGCACCCGAGCUGACCAAUAGCGUUCUUCCACGUGGCGACGAAUCGCAGCUCUCUCGUGGCCUUUGGAGCUCCCCGAAGGAGUGGUCCCCGAGCCAGGUUCGGAAGCUGGUUCGGCAGGUGCCGAACCUACUGAGCGUCGGUUUGGCAUGCCGGGCGGAACACCUGGGUCCGAUCCUGCGCAUCUUAGGAGGGGAGCGGGCAUUGGUGGAGUGUGGAUUAAAGCCGGGCGAGGGUGGUUUAAAGCCGGGCGAGGGUGGUUUAAAGCCGGGCGAGGGUGGUUUAAAGCCGGGCGAGGGUGGAUUAAAGUCGCUUCGAGCGUGUACCUUGGAGGUGGUAUCGCGACCCGACGCAAGGGGCACGGGCGGAUUAGCGGAAGGACUGGAGAAUAUUGCGCGCGGCUGUCCUAGACUCCUGGCGUUGCACCUUCAAGGAAGGUUCUUCGUGCUGAGCGAACUCGAUACCAUCAGCAGCAGCAGCAGCAGCGGCGGCGGCGGAGGCGGCGGCGGAGGCGACGGCGGAGGCGGCGUAGGCGGCGGAGGCGUCAGUAGUGUCUCUCUUCCGAGUAUCGUGGCGGCUCGCUGCCUUCCUCGCCUCACCAGCCUCGCUCUCCCGCUCACCACUCUUCCCAAAGCGUUUCUUUUAGCUAAGCGCCUCAAGUCCCUCUCCCUCUCACUCUCCCUUCUAGCUGAACCCCUCCUCCAAUCAGGAUCGCCCUUUUCGCAUCUAACCUGCCUCGAGUCGCUUUCCCUCACGAUCACUUAUCACCCGCCGCCGCUUGAUAGCCUAUCGCCUGAUAGCGUAUCUCUUAGCGACCACGAGCGGCACGUAUUGGCCGGGCUACAGCUGCCGUCGCCGCUACAGCUGCCGCUACAUCCGAACUCAGCCGGUUCUUCUCCACACUCCCCUCCCGUCCUUUCGCCGUCCCUUUUCGCCGGCCUUGCUCCCUCGAUAACUUCUCUCUUUUUCAAGCACCACGCGCCUAAAGGAUUUGCUUAUAACGAGGACGAGCGCGAUCGCGAAGGGAGAAGGCAGCACCACGCCACGUCAGCAGUCAUCCCCGAGUCGCUGUGGACGCUGACUCGCCUGCAGUCUCUGCUGCUGGAUACUGGGUCGUGCUGUAGCGAGUGUGACUGUAUCGUGUACUGCCACGUGGCGCAGAUUAGCGGUCUGACGAGCCUCGAAGUCCUCGCGCCCCUGUCAGCCCCGCCUAUCCACGCCCUGUCAGCACCUCCUAUUCCGGGCAAGGAAUCGAAGGGAGGAGAGAAUUCCGGUCAACUGCCAUCUACUGCCGCUGCCGCUGCUGCUGCUACUGCUCCUCCUGCUCGUUCUGCUGCCCCUACUGCAGCCGACGGUGCAUCCGCUGCUGCUGGCUCUGCCGCUGCGUCGAGUGCAGCAGCUAGUGGCGCCACUCGCUGCCCCUUCUCCCACCCCACCCACCCCGCCUCUCCCUCCGCCCACUCUCACACUUCCAUCCCCACAGCCAGUUCCCCGGUGCUUCCAGCUUUUGAGUCGACUCACAAGCACCCCACCUACCCUGCAUCUCCCUCCAUCCACUGCCACACUUCCACCCCCCCAGCCAGCCCCCCGGUGAUCCCAGCACACUCCCCUCUCUUCUCGAGCUCCACACAUUCCCCUGCACCCUCCAUUCCACCUCACUCCCCUCUCGCCCCAAGGCCACCCCACUCCCCUCUUCCCUCCAUCCCUCCACACUCCCCUCAUUCCUCCCUCCUCUCUCACUCCCCUCUCGCCUCGCUCUCCUCUCUCCAGCUAGACGUGGCCUAUCUCCUCCUACCCUCGUUUGGCGCACAUUUACCUGCAGUCACGCGCCUCUCCCUCCACUCCAUCCGCUUCUGUCACACCAGCUCCUGCCCCCCUGCGCUGCUCUCCUCCCUCUCCUCCUUCCCCUCCCUGCUCCACCUCUCGCUCUCCCUCUCCCCCUCCCUCCUCCCCAACCCUUCCCCACUCCCCCCUUCGCAAGCCCCCAUGAACCAGCAGCCAAUCUGCCCUCAUUCUGCAUCUCCCACUCCUCGCUCUGCCUAUCCUAUCGCUCACUCUGCAUCUGCUCCCCAACUUUCACCCUCUCCGCCCCCAUCUACUAGCCAUGGGCCAGCAGCAUCUCCGUCCCCUCUCUGCCACUGCCAACUUCUGCACAUGCAUAGGCACGUGAUGGAUAGGAGCCAUCACCUGCAGCAGCAGCAGCAUCGGUUAUGUGAGCGGAAUGGCGACUUGAGCAGCCAACAGCAGCACCAGCAGCAGCAGCAGCAAUGCCCCAUGGGCCAUUGUGCACUGGAGCACCUCUGUUCGCUCACCAUCACCAUAUGCAAGGGCGACAGCAACAACAGCGCCAGCAGCAGCAACAGCAACAGCAGCAGCAGCAGUAACAACGUAGUUGAGGUGCAAGCAGCAGCGUUGCUUGCGCUGCUGGCAAAACAGGCCCCCAAUCUGAAAUACCUCUCCCUCUCCCCACCUCUCCCACCCUUACCCGCUUCCUCCAACUAUGAUCCUGCUAUCUCCACACCCUCCCCUCUCUCCCCUCUCUCCCCUCUCUCCCCUCUCUCCCCUCUCUCCCCUCUCUCCCCUCUCUCCCCUCUCUCCCCUCUCUCCCCUCUCCCUCCCCUCCCUCCCCUCCCCCAUCUGCAAACGCUGCAGCUGAGCUCGCUGCCCUCCAUGCAGCUCCCUCUCUUCCUCCGCCUCACAUCCCUCCCUUGCCUCACUGACCUCAUCAUUGACAAUGCUGCAGACGUGGCUGUAGACAGUGUGAUUACUGACACAGUGAAUGCAGCAGAUGUGACUUUAGACUGUGUGACUGUUGAAGACGCUGCUCCACCUCUCACCCUUGGCCUGGCACCAAUUUUCCAGCCCCCUCCUCCGCCUCCUCCACCCCUCACCCUUCGGCUUUGCAACAUCCAUGCCAACAGUAGCAUCCUAUCCUCACUCCACCUCAUCCCCACCCUCCACACUCUCGUCCUCCCUCCUCUCUCUUGGCUCACCACCAUCCCUCCCUCACUCGCCCUCUCCCCCUCCCUCUCCCUCAUACGCGUUAUAGACUGGAGCAACCUGUCAGAUUUGCCAGAAGAGCUAGGCAACGCGUCUAGUGUACUGAAGGAGAUUGAGAUAAGGGGGGAGCAUAGUUUGGGGUGCCUUUCAUCAAGCUUGCAGGAAGUUGUUUGUUUCAAGUAAUCACUGUAGAUAGUGGUUAGGGUGCAACUAGCAGCUAAUUUCUUCUCUUGAUGUUAUGUAGAUACCAUUUCAACUG